UGCUGCUGCAACUGGUGAUGACGGUGAUCAUCGCCGUCGGGCUGGCCCCGUGCGUGAUUCAGAAGGUGUGCAGCAAGACCAGUUACAGCGGCCCGCCCCCCUCCAGCGUCUGCAUGCAUCGCAUUGAUGAUUGUCUUCCAAUAUACAAGAGAAUGCAUAAGAAAUCGAGUAUUUGCUAACUGAGGACAAGGUUUCAAGCAUUUUUUGAUUUCAAAUAAGUAGUAAUAAAUACAUAGCCAGCUUUAUCUUACUCGUAUCCAUAGUCCAAUGGUACGGCCGUAAAGGCUACUACGCAUGCGCGCCCGAAUAAAUCAUGGCGUGCGUCGUUGCGCGCGUGAGUGCAAGUGCAAACGGUGUCUUGGCUGUGCGUUGUUCAGCUGCUGUAUCCAGUGUCGCUGCGCUUGCCACAACACCCGCUCAUGAAGCCCUGGAUUGCUGCCUGGCUGCUCGGCCUGAUCUCCUAUGUCUAUACGGCAACGCCAGGAUGUAAGAAUUGCAUUGCUCUAGGCAAAGAAGAGAAGGCGAUGUUCCGAGCGCACUCCGAGGCUUGCCUGCCUCAAUCGCAGGCCGACCCGAGGGUGAUCGAAGCCAUGCUGAAUGGCGAACUGGCUGAUGACCCCGCCUUGAAGAAACACGUGUACUGCGUCCUAUUGAAGUGCAAGGUCAUCAGCAAGGACGGGAAGCUGCAGAAGGCAGCGGUUUUGGGCAAGAUGUCGACGAGAAAUGAUGGCAAGAAUGCAACCAAGAUAUUAGAGAACUGUGCCGAGCAGACUGGCGACACCCCAGAGGACAUUGCCUGGAAUUUAUUCCGUUGCGGGUACGACAAGAAAGCCGUACUUUUCGAUUACAUGCCGCCAGAGGGCGCUGCAGACUUGGAAAAUAAUUCUCAGUAACUCCUGAAACUUUUAAUUGAGAAUUUUCCCUUCUGAAUUGUUAAAUUUUUGUUACACUUAAAUCUUCUUUAUCUCCGUUAUGUUACAGCUUGAUUUCAUACUUCGUAAAUAAU